AUGAAGAACAAAGGAAUGAUGAAUGCACAUGAUCCGAAUAAUCUAGAGGAAGAAGGGAAUGAGAAUCAGAAACCGCUGUAUGGCGAAGAUAUGCUGUUGAAAUUACUCGAAUUGAACAACGUCCCCGGCAUUGAAACUAGCGACACUGUUGAGAAAGAAAAACUUGAAGAUCGACAUGAUACAGAACCAAGUUUGAGUGAGAGCGAGCGAAUAAUGGCUAUCCUUAAUGGUGCCCUCCUUAAUGGUCGAAGCACUGCAGUUCCUUCUAGUAGCAGUACAAAUUCAAUGGAACUCUCUAAACCCAUAUCGAAUGAUAUGGUCACAUUUCCUGUUGGUCAAGACAAAAAAAGCUCCUUCAAGCUUGAUCAAUUACUGGAGAAAAAGAUGAAUUCAUCCACUACCAACAAUCACUUGUACUCGCAGUCAUCUUCGAAUUCGGUUCCGAGCUCGAUGUUUCCCAAAAGAGUUCGAAUUAGAGAUGCACCGGCUGUCAAAUAUAUUCAUCCAGAAAACAGAGGAACGCCGUCAAAGCGGAAAACAAUUGAUGAAGAAGGUAUUGAUGAAACUGACGAAUUUGAUUUCUCGAUAUCUGCGCUUGCUGCUCCGAAACCAAAAAAGAAACGGUUGUCGAAGAAACCGCCGGCUCAAGACGUUGCGCCCCUGUGUACCAAAUAUCCAUUGAUUCAAAGUAUUCUGUCUCCACUUGGAAUAAGUAUAGAAGCCGUGAACAUGCUAUUCCAAAAGAUUCCAACACUUAACAAACGUCAGGCUCAAGUAAUGGCUCAAUUCUUCCUACUACUGAAAGAACACGACCUCAGCGUUCCGGAUAAUAGACGAUUGUUUAUGGAAGCUCUACACACUCAACCUGGAUUUGAUACGAAGGUGUUCUACCAGAUUUUCAAUAGUAUGUCGAACGAGGAAUUUCUGACCCAUCUCUGUAAUAUUGUCCCUGAUUUCGCUUCUGUUAUGAGUUCUCCGGCAGUUGUGAAACUGCUCGAGAAUUUCGCGAGCCAGCACCCGAAGAUUCGGACUGAUAUGAAUGCCAUAGAAGGGAAUCCAGUUUCAAUAAUGCAACCAUCUACAUCAACAGCAAUUAAGUAUAAUUCAAACCCUCCUUCAUCCAUCCCGCAGCAAAAUCAGCAGAGACUCCCAUUGGAUGAACAUAAUCGUGUGUCUUUUAAUGGCCCAUCAGGAAAAUCUUGUGAACUGGAAUUCAAUAUAUCACAAGCUUCUGCUUCGGACGGCUCCAAAAUAGAUAUAUCCCGGAGUGCAUUGAACAUGCAGAAAGUCUCAGCGUCUCAUGACAAUCAGACGUCUUCGGAGAGGCAUCAUCGAUCAACUUCAACCAAUUCAGUUGGUGAACAAGUGAACCCAUUGAAACAAAACAUCAAAGUACCUAUCAAGUUCGAGUCUCCUUCGACAUCAAAAUCUCACUCUUCUGUACCUAAUACUGGCAAACCCAUCCAGCGAUUAUCGGAAUCAGGAUAUAUUCCGAUGCUUGUCGAGAGAGGUCCUCCUCCCAAAGUUCCAAUUAAUGGUUCUUCUCUAAUUCAAAAAAUAAACUUACGAACCUCAACAAUGCAGCCAGGGAUCAUUGUACCUCAGUCUGGGAAAAAUAUGCAGAUAGAUCUAUUGGCCCUAUGUAAUCAAGCACUCUUGGGGAAACAUCGUAUACAGAUUUCGACUGGCAGAGAAGAAGUGAAUAAUCAGCAGCAGACUAUAAACAUUUCAAAGGAACAGCCAUAUACAUCAGCAUCAACCAGCUCUACUACGGUUGAAUCCCGAUCUCUAUCAAACAUACAGAACGCCUCAGUGCUCCGAAACAACCAGCCAUCUACUAACACCUAUCCAUCACCUGGUUCAACUUCUUUUGUUUCAAUGCCUCGGAAUGACCAGCCCAUUCCUAGAGAGAAGAUUGACCUUUUCUUGAAUACACUUCGGAGCUUUGCUGAAGCUCUGGCUUCGCGUGUGUUGGAUAAAUUUUUAGCAUUGGUCAAUAAUAAUAUUCGAGAUUGUGCGACAAAGACGAUUACAAUUCCAUUCGACAUGAGUGAUGUUUCUCUUGCCUUCUUCGUCGAUAAUGCAGUUCGAGAUUCAUCAGAAACAAUUGGAGAACGAGUUUCAAUGAGACUUCAUGACUUUCUCAUCGUAUUUCGAGCUGAAACAAGACAUCUCAGUCGUUAUGACCGCUUUCAAAAUGAGUUGAAAAAAGCAAUAGAGAAUGAAGAGAACAAGAAAAAGAGACUUUCAUAUGAGAAGAUGCAUAUUGCAUUUGGAAGAUGCUUAAAUUACGUCAUUCGACAUUCCACCCUCAAGAAUCCGAAUCUCAACUCAAUUCAAUCUUCAUAA